AUGACCCUAUUCCUUCGCCACAAGAUUAGCCUGGAAUAUCCCUUAGGUAUUUUGCUUCACCUCUAUUUCACGACUGCGUCCGUGGCGAUCGUACAAGGGAUAUACACAUAUCGAGUGUGGAUUAUGAGCGAAAAGAAUCGACUACUGCUAUGCACGUUGAUACUUCUGAUGACUUGUCAACUGGUGGCUGGAAUAGCUUUUGAUAUCCUUCAAGAAGUCCAUGGGGAUGCUGGUCAUCUCCACAUACGUGUAAAUGAUAUAUUUGGUGCAUUAUCUAUGGGGAGCAGGAUGGCGUGCGACAUUCUGAUCUCCAUAUCCCUUGUGUAUUACUUAAACCAAUGGCGUUCUGAGGUCAGAAGGACCGAGAAUGUAAUUGACAGAAUCAUUGUCUACGUCGUCGGCGUCGGCGUAGUUACCAGUGCUUUCUCUGCAUUGGUAUUCAUCACGCCCUACCCCACCAAUUUCUUUUCAUGCUGUUCUACAGCAUUCUCAGCAAACGCCAUAUACGUCAACUCACUCCUUGUCACAUUAAAUGCGAGAGCUAGUCUCCGAAAUAAGAACAACGAGUCGGAAUACGAAGAAUUCGAAUAA